GUGCCAUCCGCUCUUCCAAUGACAUCGCGGAACCCUAAGUGGGACUGCGGUUCAGUUGCGAUACGAACCUGCUCUUGUGCCACUACCCCCGGCUAUCCAUUGCCGGGUAAUACAUCAAUCACUAGCUAAAUCCUGAUAGAUCGCCUCGCUUGCCGGCUAUCACGACGAUACCUGAUUCAGAUAAACCUUCCUCGGCGAUUGCUAUAGGACAUCAGGCCCGAGACAAAGAGGGACAGAACGAAGAAGGUUCAACGAUAUCGCUCGACCUAGGCACUUGGAUCUUAUCGGUGAGGAGGCGUGAGGGGGUCACAAUCUGUUCUAUGCUCAGGAUCCCCGCAGCCGCUCCUUGCUGCAUCUAUGCAGGACUACGGUAUCCCCAUUUCGUCUCUAUAAGAUGGAGAACAGUUUCCCCAGUAAUGUCCGAUACUAACGUCCACAACGUUGUCACCCUUUCCUCCAAUUCAAAUCUCAGUCUCCCAUUCUGCCAGACGAGAUGAAUUCCUGGCAAGCAAUUGCGAAAAGCAAGCAGGAAUCGCUCAGAGCUGCCAUUCCGUCCGAAUGGAUAAUUCCUGCCCAUCUUCUCCCCCCAGAGCAUCAAACAGACGUCACAUCUUUCCCGCGACAGUCGGGAUGGUUCACUAACAGAGAGCUCGAGAUCUUGUCCACCUCGGCGCCUAGGAUCCUGGCCCAUUUGGAAACCGGGUCAUGGACGUCGGAGGAAGUGACAAAAGUGUUCUGUAAGGCCGCUGCAGCGGCUCACCAAUUGACGAAUUGCCUCUCCGAGAUCCUCUUCGACGAAGCCAUCGCUCGAGCCAAGCAAUUAGACGAACACCUGCGCAAGACAGGAAAACCCAAAGGUCCAUUCCAUGGCCUCCCAAUCUCACUCAAGGACAACUUUAACAUCAUCGGUAAAGACUCCACGGUGGGCUUCACAUCGCUUGUCAACGACCCCGCCACAUACAACAGUAUCCUCACGGAUCUCCUCCUAGAAGGCGGAGCAGUGCUGUAUGUGAAAACCAAUGUGCCCACUGCGAUGAUGAUCGCCGAGACCGUCAACAACGUCUUCGGCCGGACUGUGAAUCCCCUUAAUCGGAAGCUGACCUCUGGUGGCUCGUCCGGGGGUGAAUCAGCGCUUAUCUCAUUCGGGGCAAGUCGCAUCGGCGUUGGGACUGACAUUGGUGGCUCUCUCCGUAUCCCAGCCGCUUGCACAGGUAUCUUCACACUGCGGCCUUCCUUUGGACGAUUCCCGAACUUCCAAACGCGAUCCGGAUUGGCGGGCCAAGAAGCCGUGAACAGUGUUAAUGGUCCCAUGGCGUCGACAUUGGAGGAAAUCACAUUCUACUCCAAGACCGUCAUCGACCAAGAGCCUUGGGUUAACGACCCGAAGUGUCUCCCUAUCCCAUGGCGCCCAGCUGAGCCAAAGCACCGACUCAAACUAGCUGUAAUGUGGAACGAUGGCAUCGUCACACCCACGCCACCCGUAGCUCGUGCUCUGAAAGAAACAGUCGACCGACUAAGAAAGGCCGGCCACGAGGUAAUCGACUGGACGCCAACAGGGCACAAGGAAGCACGAGAGCUUCUACAACGCAAGUUCGUCGCCGACGGAGGCAAGUCAGUGCGUGGACUACUGGCACCGACGGGGGAGCCGUUCCGGGAGGAAAUGCGAGAUUACGAGAAGGCAACGGAGCUUGGUGUCCAUAAAAUGUGGCAGAUUCAUCUUGAGCGGAAUAAUCUACAGAAAGAUUAUCUGCACCGAUGGAAUACUAGUGGGAUUGAUGGAAUUCUCUGCCCAACAACCCCUUACAGCUCUGUGGAGCACGGUAAGUUUGCAUAUGUGGGAUAUACUGGUGUAUUCAACAUCCUCGACUACUCCGCUGUUUCCUUCCCUUGCGGUGUGAAGGCCAGCAAGGCUUUGGAUACGUCGUAUCACGGCCACAAGGCAUUGAGUGAUGUAGAUGCCAGGAUACAGCAUGAUUAUAAUGCAUCUGCAGUUGACGGGAUGCCGGUCAGCCUGCAGUUAGUGGCACGGCGACUCGAAGAAGAAAAGGUCCUUAUGAUGACAGGAGUGGUAUUGCAGGCUGUAUCUACCGGCUGGAAGUCCAAGCUAUAAUGACUCAGGAAUUGAAAUUGUAUAUAGUUGUGAAUGGAGACAUUGAAGAGCUGAACAU